UCUCGUCCACCACAUCUCUCAGAGUGUAGAUGUUCCUGCCGAUGUCCUGCAACACAAAUCAACACAACAACAAGGAAUCGUUUCCUUGUUGUGGUUUGUCGUUUUUUUCCCCGCAGACCCUGAACGCAGCGUUACGCGUCAUCAGGGUCACGUGAGGUUUGUUGACGGUAGAAGCAGAAGAAGGAAGAUGGCGGCUCGCUGGAGCAGUGAGAAUGUGGUGGUGGAGUUUCGGGAUGCUCAGGCCACCGCCAUGUCCGUGGACUGCCUGGGCUCACACGCCGUGCUGUCCGGCCGGCGGUUCCUGUACAUGGUGAACCUGGAGGCUCCGUCCGAACCUCCGAGGAAAAUCGGCCGGCAGAGUAAAUGGGACGUCGGGACGGUUCAGUGGAAUCCUCACAAGUCAGAGUCGCACGUCUUCGCCGCCUCGAGUAACCAGCGGGUGGAUCUGUACUCGUGGAGGGAAGGCUGUGGAGAGGUUCACACCUCCCUGCAGGGACACACCCGGGUCAUCAGUGAUCUGGACUGGUCCUGGUUCGAACCUGAAUUCCUGGUCACCAGCUCAGUGGACACCUACAUCUACAUCUGGGACACCAGAGACACUCGGAAACCCACGGUGGCGCUGUCUGCUGUCGCCGGAGCGUCUCAGGUGAAGUGGAACAGGAAGAACCAGUAUCUGCUGGCGUCCAGUCACGAUGGAGACGUGCGGAUCUGGGAUAAAAGAAAGCCGAACACGGCGGCGGAGUACGUGGCGGCUCACCUGUCGAAGAUCCACGGCCUCGACUGGCAUCCGGACAACGAGUUCAUCUUAGCGACAUCGAGUCAGGACAACUCAGUGAGGUUUUGGGAUUACCGACAGCCCAGGAAGUACCUGAACAUCCUGUCCUGCCAGGUGCCGGUGUGGAAGGCCCGCUACACGCCGUUCUCUAACGGUCUGGUCACAGUGAUGGUUCCUCAGCUGAGGAGAGAGAACAGUCUGCUGCUGUGGAGCACGCUGGACCUCAACAGUCCCGUCCACGCCUUCGUCGGACACGACGACGUGGUGCUCGAGUUCCAGUGGAGGCCGCAGAAAGAAGGCUCUAAAGAUUACCAGCUGGUCACCUGGUCCAGAGAUCAGACUCUGAGGAUCUGGAGGGUCGAUCCUCAGCUGCAGAAGCUGUGCGUGAGUGACGGCGUGGAGGACCUGAUGGAGGGGAUGUCUCUCAACGUGGAGGCUGAGAAGUCUCUGUCGUCUCAGGAGCCCGACAGUCAGCACGGCGUCGGCCUCGCCGCCGACAACCUGCAGGAUCCGGACGGUCGGCAGGACUCGGCGGUGGGUUCGGGUCUCCCUCAGACGCUGCAGCAGGAGUUCUCUCUGGUCAACCUGCAGAUCAGGAACGUCAACGUGGAGAUGGACGCGGUGAACCGCAGCUGUGUGGUGUCGGCUCACUUCGGCAGCCAUCAGGUUCACCUGGUGGUGAAGUUUCCCGCCCAGUACCCCAACAACGCCGCUCCCACCUUCCAGUUCGUCUCCCCGACGACCAUCCCCUCCGCCAUGAGGACCAAGAUCCAGAAGACUCUGACGGACACGUCGCUUCAGAAGGUGAAGAGGAACCAGAACUGUCUGGAGCCGUGUGUCCGACAGCUGGUGUCCUGUCUGGAGUCUGACAUGACGCAGGAGGACGGUCCGGCGUCCGGCCCCUUCGUCCUGUCCAACCCCGUCACUCCGGCCCUGCAGGCGUUCCCUCGGGUCACCAACACCUACGGCUCCUAUCAGGAUGCUAACAUCCCGUUCCCUCGGACCUCCGGAGCUCGUUUCUGUGGCACCGGCUGUCUGGUUUACUUCACCCGACCAAUCACCAUGCACCGCUCUGUCCCGCCCACCGAGCCCACCCCCAGGUCCCUGUCGGCUCUGUCGGCCUAUCACACCGGAGUGUUGACUCCCAUGAAGAUGCGUUCAGAGUCUCAGAGCACUCUGCGGCUGUACAGCGGCAGCCCGACUCGCUCCGACAAAGACACCGUCUCCAUCUCCUCCUUCUACUAUAAAGAACGGAAAUCCCGCCGGUUUAAGACGAAGCGAGAGACGGACUACAGUCGUCCCAUCAAACUGGCCGGGAAGGUGAUCAUCCAGGAGAUCUCCUGUCUGCUGCCCGUCCACAAAGUUCUGGGAGAAAGCUACAUUCUGAACAUGAACGACAUCCAGGAAACGUGUCAGAAGAACGCAGCGGCGGCGCUGUCAGCCGGACGCAGAGACGUAGCGAAGGUGUGGGCCUUGGCGUCUGCAGCAACCAGUCAAGACCUGAGUCCAGAUUCAGACCCGGACACAGAGACUCCGUGGGCCAGACACCCGUUUGGACGCCACCUGCUGGAGACUCUGUUGGAUCACUACAGUCAGAUGAGUGACGUUCAGACUCUGGCGAUGCUGUGCAGCGUGUUCAGAGCUCAGGCUCCGCCUCCAGACUGUUACUCUCUGUACGGGCAUCAUCAGUCACGCUUCCCCCCCCACCACUCCCGAUACCCCAGCUACACGUCCAGCUCCGUCACCUCGGGCUCCUGCUCCAGCACCUCAGACUCCAUCACCACAACCAACUGGAACACCGGUCGAGACUCUGAGCACGCCAACCCCUGGGGUGAAUCCUCUCCUGACGACUAUCGCUAUGGUAACCAGGGUUACACAGACCCGCGGGAACGAGAGCGAGAGCAGCACGACAUGAACAAGAGACUGCUGGACCCCGCAAACACGCUGCAGUUUGACGACUUCAAGAAGUGUUACGGUGAAAUCCUUCAUCGCUGGGGUCUGAGGGAGAAGAGAGCCGACGUGCUCAAGUUCGCGUCCUGCCCUCCCGAACCGCACAAAGGCAUCGAGUUCGGCGUGUACUGCUGCCACUGUCGCAGUCAGGCUCGAGGUACGCAGUGCGCCGUCUGCAAGCGUCUGACCUUCCAGUGCGCCAUCUGUCACGUGGCCGUACGAGGUUCCUCCAACUUCUGCCUGAGCUGCGGUCACGGAGGACACACCAGUCACAUGAUGGACUGGUUCCGCCGCCAGGACGAGUGUCCGGCCGGCUGCGGCUGCCACUGUCUGCUGCAGAGCACCUUCUGAUCCAUCAGACAGACGUCGACGCGGUCCUGAGAGAGGCAGCCAGUGAUCACAGAGGAGUCUGCAGAGACCUCGAGAUGGAGACGUUAGUCCGUCCAACACUUUGGCAGUCUGAUGGAUAUUCAUGGUCUCCAGAGGACGCUCCUUUUAUAACCUUUCCUCUAGUGUCUCUAACAAGACACAUUCAAUCUUACAGAGCCGGCAGGAGUCACGCAGAGAGAAUGAAAAGUCAUUUGUGUGCACAGAUUAACAGAAUAAUGUUAGAAAUGAUAUUGACAGCAGUGUUUCUCUGGCAUCACUGAUGAGUGUGAUCAUCAGAAGUGAGUCUGUUGCAGCCGACAGUGAUGAUGUCACAGUGUACUGACUCAUGCUGGAGUGCACGUCGACAUCACUGCUGCCAGAUGAGACGUUAAACUACUGGAGGGGCUGUUAAGUUACUAUAACAUGUUAAAUCAGAUGUCAACGUAUCUCCAUCCAAACUAAACUGCUUUAAAUCCUCGCAGCUCAUUUAGACCGACACUGUUUAUUUGAUUUGAAAAGAACAUAAUGAAUGUAAUAACCAACAAUAUUAAUAUGAAGGAAUGAGUUUAGCUGCUAACUGUCUGAGUGCUGCUUCCUAACUAACCGGAGUAGAAACAACAACCUGAGCUUCAGUUCCUGCUGCUGCAGUAACGUCACUGAGUUUCUGUUAAUACAGUGAAAAAUAAACAGUGACGGUCGUCAGGACGUGAAAUCUGAUCUAAAUGAGCAGCUUGUUGUUUUGAUAGACUUCAGAUUUGACCUUUUGAACUCUUUAACAUCCCUUAAACAUAUUUUAAAACAUAAUAAAAUAUUUUCUAUUAAUUUGUGCACACUAAUAAAUCAUUUGAGAGCAGUUUAUUAAUUUAAACUCAUGAAUUUCUUCUUUUUUUCUCCAUCAAAGCUGCGACGCUCCAUGAAAACAUAUUCAGACUCGUCACAGGAUGAAGCUUUUCCUCCAGCGUCACACACAGGACACACAUGAUGUCUGAUCGUUAAUUAAAACACACGUUAAGCUCUGAAACUUUUUGUCUUUCAGGCAGGACAGGUGUAGUUAGCCACGCCCACCAUCACCUGUCAAUCAUCUUAACAAAGACGUCACCAGUGCUGAGGUUCACUCAUCUUUUAUCUUCUUCUGCUCUUUAUUUUAAGUUUCUCUGAUGUUUUUCUGGCUCGCUGCUGAUCACGUCUGCAGUAAAACGGUGAACGCCACCAAACCUUCGGUCUGACGCCGCGACGGCGUCAGCUGAGACGUUCAAGAAGCUUCUUUCUGGACCUGUUGCUUCAUAUUCACAGACGACAUCACACGUCUGUGUUUAGAAGAAACUUUAUGAAUAUUUUCUCUGUGUAGAAAAUGAAGACUGUUUACAAAUGUACUGUAUGUAAAAUAAUAAUAAAAGUAUGUUUGACUCAAUUCAGACUAAGAGUCAUUUAUACAAAUAUACAUGUAGUAAAGAUUUGAGGGCUGAUUACUGACAGUGAAUUCAGUAUAAUGUAUAUUUACACAGCAGAGUCAUAUGAUCAUUCAUUAUUCCCAGUUGCUACUAUUUUACUGUCAAUGAAACUCAACACUUCCUGCUGAUGUUUCACAUUAAAAGCCUACCUUGAAAGGCUGCUCUUUGUGAUUAAAAGCUUUUAGUGUGAAACAUCUGUCCAGGAAAUGAGAGGAAGGGACUGAAAACACAGGAUGAAAAUCAGAACCAGAAAUAUCUGCUGCGUUCCGAAUCUUUAUACUUUGAGUACGAACUGCAGCUGCCGUCACAAACUGUACUGUUGCAUGUCGUCUGCAGACAACUGGGACAUAAUACUUCAUCUGUCAAUGCGCUGUCAUGCGUCCACUCUCUCUGUGGCACCGUCGAUGUGACGCCAGUAAAGCAUGCUGACUUACACACUGCAACAUGCGACUGGCUGCAGCAGGACGUCCUGGUGCUUUUGACACAUGAUGUUUUGUGACGUACUAAAUCUUUAUCUGGCUUACUGAGUAGUAUGAUAGUACAGGUGUUGGAACGCAUCCAUCGUGUUUUUUAUUACACACAUUCCUCUUCCUUGUCUAAACCUGCUGCCUACAUUACCCACAAUGCACCUGGGGAUUGUGGUGUGUGAUGCUAGUAGCGGCUAAUGGAGCUGUUAGCCUCCAGCAGAGAUGAGGAGCUGCAGACGUCUGAUAACCUCACGUCUUUCUCUAACUCCACACCUACAGAUUUAUUUAGUUUUUAACUUGUAGUCUUCAGCUGUAACCGCCGCUGACUCAUGUGACAUCAUCAGUGACAUCAUUAAAAGGUUUUAUACUACUUACAGGAAACACCUGGAAACACGCUGA